AUGGCUUCCAACACGACUACCGUGAAUACCAUCAGCACAGAGACAGAUCAGAUCAGGGAGUGGAGGUCCAUCGUCACCCUCAUCGCAUUCGUCCUCGCAAAUAUCGCAGUCCUGUUCCCCUUCCAUGUCCCAAUCCAUGUGCCCGUAUGGGUUGUUCACAUGGCCUUGGACGGCCUGGCUGGGCUGAGAGUCAUCCCCCCAAGGGACAAGGACUAUCACCAUGACCACCGGGAUCAUCAAGCUCGAGCCACGGGACGCAGGCGUUUCGUGCCCUUCAGGUUCCCCAUCGACUCUGUCACCGCUCCCCUGAUCGCCGACCUCUUCCUCCUCGCCAUCCUGGCCAUCGGCAGGCAGGAGGUCCACGACGGCACCAUCGGCGCCAACGGCAUCUUCCCCAUCGACAUCAUGGUCUUCUUCAUCUCUCUCGCCUACAUCGCCAUCUCCAUCGACGCCUCCGGCCUCAUCCGCUACCUGGCACUCAAGGUCCUCCAGUGGGGGGGCGAGGUCGGCCACCGCCUCUUCUUCUACCUCUACGCCUUCUUCUUCUGCCUCGGCACCUUCAUCGGCAACGACCCCAUCAUCCUCUCCGGCACCGCCUUCCUCGCCUACAUGACCCGUGUCUCUACCAACAUCAAGCACCCCAAGGCCUGGAUAUUCUCCCAGUUCUCCAUCGCCAACAUCGCCUCCGCCAUCCUCGUCUCCUCCAACCCCACCAACCUCGUCCUCGCCGGCGCCUUCCGCGUCAAGUUCAUCGAGUACACCGCCAACAUGGUCGUCCCCGUCGUCGUCACCGCCAUCGUCCUGUUCCCCUUCCUCCUCUACGUCGUCUUCAACAACGAGGGCCUCAUCCCUUACUCCAUCAAGAUGCGCGAGGCCCCCGAGUCCGCAAUGUCCGCCCCCGUCAACCCAAACAUCCCCAUCGCCCGCGGCGCCCCCGCCCGCGACGAGGGCCUCCUCGACGACGAGAACACGGACCAGCUCGUCGAGGAGAUCAUGAACCCCUGGCUCGACAGGGGGGGCGCCGCCUUCGGCGCCGUCGUCAUGUCCGCCACCCUCAUCACCGUGCUGACCAUCAACGCCGCCGGCGUCAAGGCCACGCACGGCCAGCGCUUCCAGGUCUACUGGGUGACGCUGCCCGCCGCCUGCGUCAUGCUCUCCUGGGACCUCUGCUUCGGCUGGCUGCGCCGCAAGGAGACGCGCGCCAUCGCCAGGGGCAUCCACCGCGACGAGCCCAGCCCCGAGCACCCGGACCUCGAGCACGGCAAGGAGCCGAGCAAGCCUUCCGGGACGGAGAUGAUGCCCAUAACGCCCGCGCCCCCGUCGCAUACCCGGCCGCAUAUCCACGUCGAGACGGCGCCGGAGACGUCGGAAAAGGAAAGGAUGCGUCUCGCCGAGGACGGAGUGUCGCCGGUGGGCCGCGACGUCGACACGGACACGCCCAGCUCCAGCGCCCCGCCCGCCGUCGCCUUCACGCCGGCGGCCCAGGUCUCUAAGGGUGGCGGCUGCUGCGGCGGCGGCGGCGGCGGCGGUGAGGGCAAGGCGAGCCGUGAGAUGUCGUCAUCGGCGGGGCUCUCUGGCAACGAGAAGGGCAGGGAGAACGUCAGUGAGGGUCGGGCGUCGGCCGGCGGCCAGGCGCCCCCGCGGACGCUCGUGUCGGUCUGGCGGGACUCGCACCGGUGGCUGCAGGAGACGUUCCCGACCGUCAUGGCGGUGAUCUCGCACCUCCCGUUCCCGCUCGUGCCGUUCGCCUUCGCCAUGUUCGUCCUGGUGCAGGCGCUCGUCACCAAGGGCUGGGUCCCGGUGUUCGCGUACGGGUGGGACCACUGGGUCGAGAAGACGGGCGUCAUCGGCGCCAUCGGCGGCAUGGGCUUCCUAUCGGUGAUUCUCUGCAAUUUCGCGGGCACCAACAUCGGCACGACGAUCCUGCUCUCGCGGGUGAUCCAGGCGUGGGAGCAGAUCCGGCGGGAGUCCGGGGUGGCCAUCAGCGACCGGAUGUUCUGGGGCACCGUGUACAGCAUGGCGCUGGGGGUCAACUACGGCGCCUUUAGCACCGCCUUCAGCGCGUCGCUGGCCGGCCUGCUGUGGCGCGACAUCCUCGGGCGGAAGCACAUCCACAUCCGGCGGAUGGAGUUCGCGCGGGAGAACGUGCCCAUCAUCACCAUCUCCAUGAUCGUCGGCUGCACCGUCCUGGUCGGGGAGAUUUACCUCAUGCGGACGAACGCGCCCUAUCACCUGUCAGGCGGCGGGCUCAUCUGA